CUCUAUGGGGAAAUUGUAGGGUUUGGCAUAGCCGCGAAUGAUGGGAAUUUUCGGUGGGAUCGUUUCGCACACUGCAGUAGGCGUUGGUUGCUCCGUGUCUCAACCACCACCACCAAUUUGUCAAAGUAGGUGACUAUGCCGAAUUUGUCGACCGUCAAAACCUCGUUGAUCGUGCUGAACAUGAUCUGCCUCCUGUGCGGUUUGUGGUUAACGAUCGUCGGUCUGGUCAUGAUGUACAAGUACUCCGACUUGAUCCACCUCACCGGACGGGAUACAGUGCUGGCCAGUGCGACGAAGCUGACAGUGGUGCUGGGAUGGGCCAUUGCAGCUACAGGGUUCUACGGUAUCCACGGAGUUAUCCGGCGAUCGUACCCGUUGAUGGUGUUGUACGUCUUUCUGUUGGGGGUGUUGAUCACCUUCCAGUUGUCGAUGGCAGCCCUUCUAAUCUACCGAAGCAACAGAACUCCUUAUCUGGAAGUGCAACGAUUCGAAAUGGAAUUUGAUCACGUAUUGAGAACUGGGAUAUCUAGCGAAAGGAUCUACCAGUUUCAAGCCGAUCACGGUUGCUGUGGAAAACGAUCGUUUCGGGAUUGGCUAAACGAUGACGGCAGCAUUCCAACGUCUUGCUGUAUCGAAGGAUCAAAUGACCAUAGCUGUAGAUCAUUUGCGGAAGGUUGCGUUCAAAUUCUGGAAAGGUACGUCAGCCACAUAACGAAAGGCCUUGGAAUAGGCCUCCUGAUACUGGCUGCGAUCGAUUUCGCAGCCCUGCUGUUCGCCAGCUGCUUCGUCCAUGGGAUAAAGAAUCAGUUGAAUUAAUUAUUGCGGAAAUAUAUCCUUCUUAUGAAAUUGA